AUGUCUCCGAGGAAUAGCGUCUGCACAGGACAGCGCACCCCGACUCUUCCUCAGGAGCUCUGCGAAGCGGUCAUUGACUUCGCGUGGGAGUACUCUUCUACGCUGAAGACAUGUAGUCUUGUAUCGCGCGCAUGGCUACCGACAUCCCGCAUGCACAAAUUCUCGUUUGUCAGAUUUGGCGAACACAGGGAAAUCAUCUCUUUCCAGGCGAUAGUCUCUUCACCGAUGUUGAAUUCAAACCGCAUACCUCACCUUGUACGUGAUCUCUGCUUGGGAAAAGAGGAGGAGGAAGAGAUCGUGGGUAGCCGGCCUACGGUGCUGGAUGACGCGGAGCUGCUCAGCCUGCUCGAGAAGUUUACCUCGGUGCAGACGUUGCGACUGGAGAACGUCUGUUGGUCACUAUACACUAUCCUGCCUGCAGCAUCGGACGCCGUCACAGUGAUCGCGAGUCAGGUGGCUUGCCUUCAUCUGCACUGGGCCAAUACCGACGAUAGUGUAGACUUGAUCCAUAUACUCUCCUCUUCGCCUCGAAGGUCUUCCGUCUACUUCACAGGUUAUACUCCGCAGGAUAGCAAACUUCCGUGGGAUAGGCUCGAGUUGAGGAAACCCAUCAACCCGACGAUCAGCAUCGGCAGGAUGGUAGCCCAUUGGGACUCGUACAUCAGGUUCUACUCGGCGAUGCUCAAGACAUAUGCAUUCCGCUGGCCGUUUGCGGCCACCAUCGAACGGCUCACUCUGACCGAAGACCCACUUGGAUAUCCUCUGCACGACGUGGAGCGCGAUUUCAGAGAUUUGGAAGAUGAAUUGUUGUAUACGGAAAGUCAGAUCUCCGUGCUGAGGUCCGGUUCCCGCUCAAGAGAAGAUGACAAGGGCUUCACUGCUACCACUCUGAACAUCCGGUCCAUAGAGAUCAGCGCCCCUACGAUCCUGCAGUCUAGGACCGUCUUCUCAGAGUCCUUGACGCAGCUGCUGUACUGCAGAACGCUGCUCGCGCCCUGCAUACGCUUCGUUCUAGACGGGUCCAAACCCGCGAACGCUGUUCCGCGGCAGUGCGCCGGACUGGACCAUGUCCUCGCUGGUUUGGCAGCCGAAGACCCCGAAAUGGAAAUCUCCUUCGACGUGCAAUGUACCCCUGAACGUCUCGCGGAUUGGAUCGCGGCCAUCUCGGCUUGCUUCCCUACCCUCAUCGUUUGCGGAACGCGCGUCGAGAUGGUCUGCAGUACCACGAGAAACUGUCCAAAAGGCGAUCGGCGUCCCGUCGCCGAGCAUAGGUGGUCAUAG